AGCAAUUUAAGAAACAAAAAAAAAAGUGUAUUAUCAUAGAAAAAUAUAUUUUAAAUUACAUUAUUGUAAAUCACAAGUAUCAAAAAAAAAAUGUUUUAUAAAAAAGACAAGGAUCCACAAAAAGUAGCCGCAGCUCCAGGAGAUGGUUUACGUUCUGUAAGGACUACAAUGUUAUUUAGAGCAGUGAAUUUUGAACUUUACGCACGACCGAAUAUGGUGAUAAUGGCAUUAGGUUUGACAGCAAUGAUCGGAUGUUCUGGAUAUAUUUGGUACAUGCGGUCACAAUAUGAAGACAUGGGUUAUUACACAGCAGUUGAAUCUGACGGCAAGGAAACAUUUAAAAAAAAAGAAUCAAAAUGGAGUUCAUAAACAAUUUAGUUCAUUAAAAAUUUUUUAAUUUUAUCAAAGCUUCCAUCAAUUCAUGAACUGUCACGUUCUCAUGUUUAUUAUUUAUAAAAUAAAUUAGCGAAAAUAUGUAAAUAUACUACUGUACUUAUACAAAAAAAA